AAAACAUCCGCAGUGUUUGCUCGUCUGUCAAUGAGCAUGAAAAAAACUUUUUUUUGUUUUUGUCUGGCGUUGAAAAGAAUCUCAAGAAAGAGCCGCGAAGCUUUGCUAUCAGAGUCACUUUUUCUAGACCAUGCCCCACGACCCCGACCCUCCUCCGGCUAAAAAAUUCAAGCCGGGGUCUGUUUUUUUCCGUCUCGAUAAGAAUAAGCCUGGAAUGCUGCUGCCUAGAAAGGGAAAUGCAACCACUCCAAUAGACGUCCAGAGGAAACAGCUUCCCAUCUACCAGGCGAAACCUCAGCUACUGAACCAACUGAGACAGCUUCACAAUGCUAUUCUGAUCGGGGAGACUGGCUCUGGGAAGACCACUCAGAUCCCCCAGUACCUGUAUGAGGCCGGCAUCGGGCGGCAGGGCAUCAUUGCCAUCACUCAGCCCCGUCGAGUUGCUGCAAUCUCACUGGCAGGAAGGGUGGCAGAGGAGAAGAGGACCCAGCUUGGCAAGCUGGUUGGUUAUACGGUGCGUUUUGAGGAUGUCACCUCCUCUGAGACAAAGCUGAAGUUCAUGACAGAUGGCAUGCUCCUGCGCGAGGCCAUCGGAGACCCCUUACUGCUGCGCUACACCGUGGUGGUCCUGGAUGAAGCUCACGAGCGCACCGUGCACACUGAUGUGCUGUUCGGCGUGGUCAAGACUGCACAGCGCAGACGCAGAGAACUUAAUAAGGUUCCCCUGAAGGUCAUAGUGAUGUCAGCCACCAUGGACGUGGAUUUGUUCUCUGAGUACUUCAACAAGUCACCUGUGCUCUACCUGGAGGGCAGGCAACAUCCCAUUCAGAUCUAUUACACCAAGCAGCCCCAGUCAGACUAUCUGCAGGCUGCACUCGUCACUGUCUUCCAGAUCCAUCAGGAGGCGCCUCCGUCCCAUGAUAUCUUGGUCUUCAUGACGGGUCAGGAGGAGAUCGAGGCUCUGGCGAGGACAUGCCGGGACAUCGCUAAGCAUCUGCCUGACGGCUGUGGUCCUAUGGUGGUUAUCCCAUUGUACGCAUCGCUGCCCCCAGCUCAGCAGCUCAGGGUCUUCCAGCCGGCUCCCAAGGGAUGCAGGAAGGUCAUCCUCUCAACCAACAUCGCUGAGACGUCCGUCACAAUCUCUGGGAUCAAAUACGUCAUAGACACGGGGAUGGUGAAGGCUAAACGUUUCAAUCCUGACAGCGGGUUGGAGGUGCUGGCUGUGCAGCGGGUUUCUAAAGCCCAGGCGUGGCAGCGAGCAGGCCGGGCUGGCAGAGAGGACUCUGGCUCCUGCUAUCGUCUCUACACUGAGCAGGAAUUCGACAGCCUCAUCUCUAUGACUGUGCCUGAGAUCCAGAGGUGUAACUUAGCAGGUGUGAUGCUGCAGCUCAUGGCUCUGGGGAUUCCAGAUGUGACAAAUUUUGAUUUCAUGUCCAAGCCUUCUCCAGAGGCCGUUCGUUCUGCCGUGGAGCACUUAGAGCUGCUGGGAGCUGUAGAGAGGAAGGAGGGGCAGGUGUUCCUCACUGCUCUGGGAAAGAAGAUGGCAAGCUUCCCUCUGGAGCCCAGAUAUGCCAAGACCAUCCUGUUGUCCCCCGACUACUCCUGUUCGGAGGAGAUUUUGAGCAUUGUGUCUCUGCUAUCAGUGGACACUGUGCUGUAUAACCCUCCCGCCAGGAGGGAAGAGGUGCUUGCUGCACGCAAGAAGUUCAGCUCCAGUGAAGGAGACCACAUGACACUGCUCAACAUUUACAGGGCGUUCAAGAAAGUCAGUGGUAAUAAGGAGUGGUGUCGAGAGAACUUCGUCAACAGCAGGAACAUGGGUCUGGUCAAAGAGGUCCAGACGCAACUCAGAGAUAUCUGCCUUAAGAUGAAUUUGAAGCUGGAGUCUUGUGGGCCGGACACGGGGAACGUUCGCCGCUGCCUUGCCCACGGGAUGUUCGUCAACGCUGCAGAGCUACAACCCGAAGGCAGCUACUUAGCCCUGGACACACACCAGCCUGUGGCCAUCCACCCCUCCUCCGUCCUUUUCCAGGCCAAGCCAGCGUACGUGGUCUUCAAUGAGCUGCUGCACACGUCCCGCUGCUACAUGAGAGACCUGUGCUUGGUGGAUGCCGACUGGCUGCUGGAUGCAGCACCGGAGUACUUUGGCCGCAAGCUGCGACCCACCAAGAGCUAACCAACAGAGAAACAGGACUGAAGUAAAUCUCUGCAAGGACCCUUCCUCUAAUCACCCAGUGACAGUUAGACUGGAAAAUGUAUUCUCUUCACAAAGCUGAAUUUGGAUGAAGACACUUACGAUUUCAUAUAAGUGCAAAUCAGAACCGAACGUUUUCUGUGUAGUAAACUUCUCUGGAUCACUACCUCCCAGCUGACAAGCAUUUGGCACGUGUCACUGCAGCAGAAAUCUGCAUACUGAGGCCUCACAACUUUGACUUCAGAUUUUAUAGACUGUCUUUCUUCUGCCUGAUACUCUCAUCUUGCCAUUCGGCCACCUGUUUAACACCUAGAAAAAAAAUCUUUUUGAGGUGUCAUGCAUCACUUCCUCCAACACGUGCAUGCAUUUUAACAGCACAGAUAACCUCACAGCAGCGCUGUUCUUCAAAUAAGCAAUGUCUCGGCCCCAUGUGACUUAUCUGUUCAGUCUUUCUUAAAAGUCAAAUGUUCAUUUCACAAGUUACGGUAGAAUAGUUAGUGGUGGUUCUUUUUAGCAUCAUUUUGAGUAAUGGUGAAGAUUUGACUUCUCAGAAGCUAAGAGAAGCAGUCUUGAGCUUUAGUUUUUGGUUUAUACAAAGUGGUCUUAAAGGGUUUUAUAUAUGCAACAACAGUAAAUUUGCUUUAUUCUAUGACAUGUAAUUACAAGAAGACAUUAAAGUCACCAGUGUCGGGGUUAAAAUAUGAGGUUUUUACAUGUCACAGUGACACGGUCUCACUUUGAUGAAGUGCUCUACUUUCAGCGCUCGUCUUGUUAUCUUGUGCAUGCCUUUUUUCAGUCGUUGAUUGUAUCACCGGUUUCCCAUAUACACACACAUCAGGAGAAGCAGCAUGCCUUAUUCUCCAGGUUCUGCUCUUCGCUGUUGUAUGUUACUCAGCCUCUGCACAGACUAACCACAGAUGUAUGCUGACAACAAAUGUAUGCAAUGCAUGGAGAUUAUAGUUGAUGAUCUGAUCACUCAGGUCUUUCAUACUUUGUAGAAUCAUCACCAUUACGAGGAAUAGGAUGGAUGCUCCUCUUGUCUUUUUUAAACUGGACUCAGGAUUGUACAAUACACACUGUAACCUGAAUAAAUAACACACACAAUUUCUAACUUUUAAAAAUACCAAAUGCAUCUGGGGUUGCUGUAGAGAAUGAUCACACUAUGUUACAAAGAGUUUGUAUGUUCAGUGUUUGAAUCUCUUACAGGUCAUGUGCUUUAUUCAUUUUUUUUCCAGUCACAAAGGAAAAGUAGGCCAUUUAAGAUCUGCAUGUUCUGAAGUUUGUAAUAUCAAAUGCACGCCUUUGAUGAGUUUAUUAAGAGUAUAUUUAAUAUGAUUUGUUAAAGUCUUCCAUAACCACUAUUGGUAUCAUUUCUAAUAAAAAUCCAGUCAC